AAAUAGCGUUUGUGUGGGGCGCUUUUAGAAAGAGCGUCUGAAUAUAUACUUCUUUUAUCCUCUUCUCCUCCUCUUUUUACAUAACCUACGUUUUUACAGAAGAAAAAAAAACGACGAAACCUAAGUAAAAAUCUAGGGCAAUACCUAAAUCUCAUGUGACGGCCAUUUGAUUGGGUGCGGAGAAACGAGUUCUUGUGAAAGAAACGACUAAUCUUAUUCGUUAAUCGGGUGCGGGCAAAUUUGAUUGAAGAUUAAAGAUGUUGAGCAGAAUAACGUCGAGAUUUGCACAAGGAAAAAAGAUGAAUAAUAAGAAACGCAAAGGUAAAGGUCCAAUGGAGCCUGAAAUAGACCCUAAUGUUGGAGAUUUGGAAGUUCCAGAUACCGGGUUCGAUGAAGAUAGCGAAGAUGAAACAACACCGUCCGUGGUAUCCCUAGAUAACUACAAUUGCCUGGAAGAUAGUGACAAACACGCUUCUACAGAUAUUACAUAUUCAAGCGAUCCAAAAUUCAGGUACCAACAUCGUGGUUCACUCUUUUCGGUCAUUGUUUAUUAUAAGGAGAUAACAAAACAUAGUCCAAAAAUUAAAUACAUUAUCGACAAGGCAGGAUGGGGACGUUUAUUAGCCAUGGAAAUAGGAGAAGCAUCACACCCAGUGAUUGAUUAUCUUGUUGAACGUUGGUGGGAUACAACGCAUACUUUUCACUUCCCUUUUGGUGAAAUGGGAUUCACGCCGCUUGAUUGGGUAGUGUUGACAGGAUUGAGUAUUGGAAUUGGGGAUGAUGUUCCGUAUAACCCAGUCAAGUACAAAUUUGAUUAUGUCCCUAAUUUGGAUGACAAACUUGCAGAAAAAGUGGCGAGGGCCUUUUUUAUGUAUGUUUUGGGAAAUUUUUUCUUUUCCAAUGCAAAGAACUACAUUGAUGCGGCUUGGUUAGCUGCUUUUGAGGAUCUAAAUGCAGUUGAUAUGUAUGACUGGGGUGGUCCUGCUUUUGCAAAAUUGUAUGUGGCACUCAACGCAUCUGGUAGGGGACAGAAGUCAUUAACUGGGCCGUUCCAAAUAUUAGAGUUUUGGGGAUAUGAAUAUCUGGGCAUAUGUAGACCGUGCGACCCAACUAGUGAAGAAAAAUGGCCAAGAACUUCCCGGUGGAAAGCGAAGAAAAAGACUAUCGAUAUUGUUCACUGUAGGAAUGCGCUUAAUCAGUUGACUGCAGACAUCGUGACAUGGAGACCGUGGGAAUCCGCCAUUGGUGUUCUUGACUCUGAUGUUGGUCGCAGGGCUGUGGAGCUUUCAAACAAAAGGGUUAUAUUUACUUGGAUUGGCAAGAAUAUGUGGUACCUAGGAGAACGAUCUUGGAGGCAAAAUCAUCCUACUUUUGGAAUUCCUAGAAAUCCACCAUUUAAAAUUGGCGAGGUCAGUCAUGAGAAAGCAAAACUUGUGAAAGAAGCUGGAUGGGUAGAUGCAAAUAUGUUUGUGAAAGCUGUUUCAUAUAAUAUGUAUCUGCGAUAUUGGCGACAUGUAACUAACUUCCAUCAAUUCGUGACCAAAGUCGAUUGGGUAGUUGAAUUACACGGGGUUGAUGGUGACCGUGUUAAACACCUUAUUCAACGACCUGCUCAGCAUGUACCUAUUCCACCACCACAACAAUUAUCAUACCCUGAAGCUUAUAAUCUGGUUCAAGAACAUGCCGAUUUUAAUCGUGCGUUUCGCGAGUUUGUAUUAUAUGAAACGGAAGACAGGAUGAUACGUUUAAAGGCAAAAGAUGAAGUAAUACGAGGCCUUGCAGCUCGUAACAAUUACCUGGAGGAUCAGAUGCAAUUCCGUAUGCAACAAACGCCGCGUCCCCCUAUUGGAUUCGGCAGUUUUUCUGAAACUAUCCCACCAGCGGUGUGGGCUCCAGUGAGUCAAGCAUCAACAAUGUCGUCUGUUAACCCCCUCCGAGAAUGA